UCCAGGAUGGACUAACCAGAUACAUGAUACCAGUUCAUACUCGAUAAAUAAUGAUGCCACCACUGCUCAAGAUUGUUGUGAUUCUUGUGUUGAUGAUCCAGGGUGCCUUGAAUGGGUUUUUAACGCUGGAUAUGAGGGGUGUUAUCGUGUUUACGACUCGACUCUUACCGAAAGUAUUUGUUUAAACGCCAUGGCAUUUCCAGCCACCUUACAAGGUCCAGGUAGUGAAGGUGGUAUUAUCCGUUGUGGUAACAGCAAUGCAUGUACUUAA